GUGUGCAUUUGAAAUGGUAAUUCGGCGUCUACGUAUUGUCUGCGAACGGUACAGUUUGUUGGUUCAAAUGAACAAGGAGCCUAUCGACUGGAAGAACUACUACUGAUUCACUGAGAUGAGAGACUAGUCAGAACUAUUUCAAUUUGAGCCAUGAAGGUUGUCAACCGAGGACUGAAGCAACAACAAGCUACAUCAGCAUUUGUUUGUCCUAUUAGCGUGUUAACGUCUCUGUACUCGCUAGAAGAAAAUGAAAACCACUUCAUAGAAUCAGCCAAGAAAGGGGAGUUGGAGAAAGUCGGGAGCUUCCUUGAUCGACAGAAACAUGACGUCAAAGUUAACAAAAUGCUCUUCAAGAAAGCUGAUGGUGGGGAAUGGAGGCUGUACUUUCUUGCUGAAGCAGCGUUAGUUCUAGCAGUACAUGAAAACAAUCGCGAGGUUGUUCAACUUAUCUUGAGCAAAGGGUUUCUUAUCAGAGAGCCUCAUUCAAGAUCCUGUCAAUGUAAAGACUGUAGUUCUCUUGGAGUGUUGUUGAAGUCUUUGUCCAGACUAAACACAUACAGCGCCUUGUCUAGUCCUCUGUACUUGUCGUAUUGCUAUCUAUAUGCUGUCCCUUUAUUCUACGAAACUCCAGAAGUGCGACAAAAACCAACUGAAGAUGACAUAGAUAGUCUAUACGCUAAAGCUGGAGUAGAGCUUCCUGAUAUCGAUGUUUUUAGGGCGAAGCUCGACCCUAUUUACCGCGCGUUUGAAUUGAAUGGAAAGCUAGAAAUAUUCGCAGCGACUGAGUAUGAAUUCAUGAAGGAGUACAGACAGUUGUCCAAUCAAUGUGAGGAAUAUGCAAGUGAUUUAUUGAAUCUUUGCCGUAACAUGCACGAGAUAGGUUGUGUGAUGAGCAUGACUUCUCUACAGAGUGACCGACCAUUGAGGAGCGAUGUUGAUACCGAUGUGGCAGAUCUUAGCGUGCUGAAUUUCGCGAUCAAAAACAAGAACGAGCGAUUUGUAGCCCAUCCAUACAGCCAACUCAUGCUCAACUCAGUCCUCUACAAGGGCCUCUAUUCCUGGCAGUAUCGUUCAUUCAUCACCAAAUAUUUAUUCUUGUCAUUGUUCUUCCUUUUCUUUCCUGUCUGGUCACUUUUCUACCUGAUGACACCACACAACUCAUUGUCCAGUAUGUUAGCAACACCGCUGGCAAAGUUCUGUGCUAAUAUGAUAUCAUUCAUGUGGUUCCUCGGUCUGUUGACGUACUCGUCCAUGGAAGACAAGUUUGGAGGAAAUACCAUGGAGAUAUCACUGACAAGUCUAUUCGCAGUAUGUUUUGAUGACAGAGAUAUACUUACCCAAUUCAACCUCACGUGCAGAACACAAGUUUUCAAGAGUAGCUUACAAAUGCGUCCACACAGUAAUAGGUGUUAAAUAUGACUGUAGAUUUUUCAUUUCCGUCAUUCAGGAUGAUGCAGACAUCCAGUGGAAGUUUUCCAGGACCCGUAUGUGGAUGCAGUAUGUAGACAGAGGGAGUGUAGUUCCACCACCUUUUAACCUUAUUCCCAGCUGCAAAUCAAUCAUAUCUGGUUUAGCUUGGCUGAAAAGAAAGGUUCUGGGAAAGAGAUCAAAGUAUGAAGAAAUUCGCUUGGAUGAAAAAGAAAUGGAGAAAAAAGAAGAAAAUCAGCGUCGAAAAGUCAUCGAGAAUCUGAUCGAAAGGUAUUUUGCACGACGAAAGGAAUUUGAAGAUACCACUGCCCGUCAUCUAAAUAUUGACCACACGUGAUAAAUAUAGAUUAUGACAGCAUCUCGGGCAUUGUGGAGGACAGUAAAAGUUCAACUAACUCAAACCGUUCAAUAUUGAUGGGUUGCAAGCAUUUCCAAGAGAGUCAAAAGACAAAAACAUGGCGGCCAUCAUGGUGCCGUUAACAAUGGAUGCUAAUGAGAAAUCUUUUGUGAAAUGGUACCAACAUGGCCGCGAUGACGUAACGUGCAAUCGAAGAAUAUCACGUUAGCCGAGUUUGUUAGGUUUUUCUCCGUGUUCUCUAUUUUUUCUCCCUCAAUAACCUAACAAGCUAAAUUCAGAAUAAAUCUGCGAAUCAGCCGUACUAUUCUCACUGCAUACAUAAUUAGCGUGUCACGUAGGAAUUUAGCUACCCCCCAUUUAUGGACAUUGGAGUUUGCGCAGUGCAGGUGUAAUGUUUUGCGACCCUUCCAUAUAUAAGCGACACACCCAGAUCCUUGAAUCAUUAAGUCGGAAGCUGCCUAAAGAGAGAGUAGAAGAUUCACCCCACCCACCUCACCUGGUGGCGGUUGACGACGCAUCGCAUGCUUAUCGCAUGCUUUUCGCAUGCUCAUUGCCAGCAGUCGCGGUCACCUUCCAUAUCUUAAUUCCCGUGACUCGGUAAUGAGUAUGCAGUGAGGAUAAAAUACUAUAAUUUAGAUCAGCCUAGAAGUUGCUUCAGGGUAUCCAUGAAAUUGGAAGUAUUUAGGCCCCGUCCACACGUAUCCGCAAAUUUUACGAAAAAGGAUACGUGUGGACGGUGAAAACGAUUCGAAUACGCUGCGUGUGGACGCAAACAUUUUCGUAUCCGCAAAAAAUAAUUUGCGGAUACAAAAAUUUCCGGAUACGUGUGGACGGGGCCUUAGUUUAACGUGUUAGCACAACAUUUUGGGUAGGUGUUCAAAGCACGCAAUUUAUUAAAAUCAAAAUAAAAGAUAAAAGAUAGGACUACUUAAUUUAUUCUGCAAAUGAAUGAUUCUUAAUCAUAGCGUUAAUACCUCUGUAUCUUUCCGCUUUUUUAUCGUCUAUAAACGAAUCGACGCAAGACACUAAAUAGAUGAGCAACUUUAAAAAUCGCAAUCAAAUAACCAAUCUCUUAGAGUGAUUUUCAUGUGAUCGUGAAAGAAUAGGCAAACUAAUAGUUAGUAGUAGACUCUAAACCAAUGAUUUUCUUUUGUUCUUUAUCAACUAUUACAAACUAAAUGGUCUAUUUUCUUUCACGGUCAUGUGAAAAUCAUUCUAAAUCGUAGUUUUACAGAAACCCCAAGUUGUGAUAAUAAAAACAAUAAAAAAUCCAUAGUCAUGGUUUAAGAAUCAGAAAUUAAGCUUUUCGCGGGUAAAUUCUAGAAAUCUGCACAAUUCUCUGCAAACGAGUGAUUUCUUAAAAAGGAUAAAGAUUCAACUGGUGUUUGGUUCUGAGCAAGCGGAUGUCAGUUGUGAUUUAACAAUGACCAACGAAAACAAAUCUAGUUUGUUUGCAGGUAUUCAUGCAGCCGCGAUAUCGUUCUCUACCCACCCCUCCCCCACGUAUUCUCGACUUUGCGUUUUUGGGGGUAACCAAUCAAAAAACUGUCCCAAAUUGAAAGGUUUCUUAAUUCAAUUUAUACUAUACCUGCU